CUAUUUAAAAUAAAUCAAAAACCCACUCACUUUCACCCAUAUUCCUCUUUUUGUAAGCAGCAUUUUAUCCAAUUUAGGCACUUCGAAGAAUUUAAGAGCUGCGAUGCUAGUUCAUUUGUUCACAGAGGAAAAGUGUUUACUAUAUGUUUUUGACACAGAUCCGGUUUGUCUCACUCCGAUUCUCCGAAUUAAAGGCCCAGUUCUUAGACCAAUUUCUAUUGAUUUAUUUGUCAAUAAAUUACUUGUUGCAUCAGAUAUUCCAGAUUUUUCAUGUGGUGUCACUAUGGUUAUGGCGGCAUAUUUUUUAUUUGAUAUUGCCUAUCCUAAGCCGUUAGUAAAAACAUCUAAUUUUAUUGAACACCACAUAAUAUCGGAUAAAGUUAAACUUUGUAAAACAGCAAAACAAAUAUCAAAAAUAUGCAAACUUUAAAUGA